CUCAAAGAGAGUGAUAAAGAAAAAGAAAAAAAAAAGAGAAAAAAUAUUGAAGAAAAAAAAAGAAAUUAAAGGCUAUCCUAGGCGCUUUAGUUUUAACUUCUCUACAAAUUUUAUCUUUUUCUCUCAAAAAUUUCAAUAUAUUCCGACGGCAGUCGAGGCUAGAGCCUAUCCGAGGCUCUUUGUGGUAGCGCUCCCGGAUAGGAUAGAUGAGUACAAUAUGCUUAUGUGACAUCUAAACAUAAAUGCCGAAUGAGAUUGUAGAACUAGAUUAUCUACGUCGAUUUUUGAGUUUUUGAAGCGUUUACGAAAAUAAAAAACGUGGUACUCGACGAGUUUCUGUGCAACAUUAGUUAUGGUAUCAGUGGGCACUCUAAAAACAUGGAUUCCUUAUGAGAAUGGUAGAGAUUGUUCUAAAGGAUUUUGCAGCAUUUACUGCCGACAAUGGUGCUACAUCUUCUACCCUCCUCCUCCUCCGGCUUUUGAUGAAUUCCCUGACGAUAAUUCAAGCGCAGUUUCGUCCCCUCUGGUGAUCGCCGUUAUCGGAAUUUUGGUAACCGCUUUUCUUUUGGUAAGCUAUUAUACUGUAAUUUCCAAAUAUUGUGGAAACAAUAGUAUUAAUUCAUCUAGAUCAAGAAGAGAAAACCAAGAGCCAGUUGAAGAAUUAAUGGAGGAAAAUCACAAUCCAAAUCUCCAUGAGCCUUGGAUAGUUACUUCAAUUGGAUUAGAUGAAGCUUUGAUCAAAUCAAUCACAAUGUGUAAGUUUAAGAAAGAAGAGGGUUUGAUCAAUGGAAGUUCGGAUUGUUCGGUUUGUUUAAGCGAAUUUCAAGAAGAUGAAAGCAUUAGGCUUCUGCCUAAGUGUAGCCAUGCUUUUCAUGUUUAUUGUAUUGAUACUUGGCUUACAUCUCACUCUAAUUGCCCUUUAUGCCGCGCUAACAUUGUUUUUCCUCUUCUGGCGCCAUCGACGGAAAGCUUAGCUCUUAAUGUAGCCGUUACGACGCAAAGUGCGCAAAAUGAUGAAGCAACUCGAGCAACUACAAUGCCUUUUCGUGUUGUUAGCGAUUUGAGAAGAUUGGACGAGAGAGAUACAAUGGCGGAACCAGGAAUUUUUCCUAGCCCGGGGUUCAUUUCUAUUUCACCCGUAAUUCCAGCAGCGCGAGAUGAAAGGUGCGAUCGUCAUCAAUUCAUAAGGCGAUCAUUUUCAAUGGAUCAUACUCAUACAUAUUCAGUUGCUGAUAUUUUGAGAGCUAAUGAAAAUGAUGAAGAUUGCUUAUCUGGUUAUCCUGCAUCGGCCAAUCAUUCGUUAGAAGUGAUUAGCAAGUCUAGAUUUGGCCAUAGAGGAAAAAAAGUUAGAAUGAAGAGAUCAUUUUCAAGUGGGAGAUUUUUCCUUGCUAGGCAUGGAAGGGUACGUAAUAUCAUUAGCCCUGUUUAAUUAAACAUAAUUUUAGUUAUAUUUUUAUUUUUUUGAAAAUUUUGUUCACUUAGCAUUAUGCUGAUUAAGAAGAAGUUGAGAGAAUUUUGUUUUGAUUAAUGGAAGUUGAUCAAAUGCAUCAACAAUAUGUUAUAUACAAUUAUAACAUCAAGAUGACUGAUGUAUGACAAUCGAAUGAAAAACUCGUAUUUACAUUA